AUGAUGGCGCGGGAGCAGAGCCGGAUCUCCGUGUGGCUCUGCCGGGAGGAGAAGAUUAUCCUCGGCGUGUCGAAGCGCACCAGCUGCGCGGACGUGGUCAGAGCGCUGGUGCAGGGCGAGCGCAGCGCGCCGCAGUCCUACUGCAUCGUGGAGAAGUGGCGAGGCUGCGAGAGGAUCCUGCCCAGCAGAACCAAGAUCCUGCGGCUGUGGGUCGCCUGGGGAGAGGAGCAGCGGAGCGUCAAGUUCGUGCUGGUGAGGAGCGAAGCGUCGCUGGCGAGCCGCGGGGCGCGGAGCGCGGAGGCGCGGGUGGUGCUCAGCAGGGGUCCCGCAGAGAGAGAGGUCCCCCGCUGUCCCAUGGCUGGCAUCUCCACCGAGAAGCAGCGGCGAGUGGUCAGGAAAGCCUUCAGGAAGCUGGAGAAGAUGAAGAAAGCAGCGAGAGAGGAGCAGCCUGCCGCCGAGAGGGUGGAGACCCUGGUGCACCUGGUGGUGUCCCAGGACCACACCAUCAGACAGCAGCUCCAGAGGAUCUCAGAGUUGGACGCUGAGAUCGAGAAGUGCGAGGCCCAGGUGCACGUGGACAGAAUGAGGAGACAUGGCCUCAACUAUGUGCAGGACACUUAUUUACUGGACGCUGCCGCCGCCACAGCGUCCAGUCGGGAGGAGGCAGAGCAGGUUUCAUCCGAGACUCUGGACAAGUUUGAGGAGUUUGUCCUCAAGUGUGAGGAGCUGGUGCGGCUGCAGGAGCAGCUGUGGGAGCAGGAGGCGCUGGCGGAGGCGAUGACGGGGCAGGUCCAGGAGGAGCUGAACCACCGCUGGAUGCAGAGGAGGCAGGAGGAGCUGCAGAGGAGGGACACGCCGGAGCUGCUCCUGGAGGCCGAGAGAAUCCACACGCAGCUGGACGCCAGCGCCUACAUCGGCCUGCGCCUCCACACGGAUUUAGAAGCUAUUAGGAGCGAUUUAGAGCUGAGCCAGGAGAUUUGUGAGGCCAGGGAGAAGGAGAUGAGGGAUUUGGUGGAGAAAGUCAACACUUUGGACAUAGAUGAAGGAAGGAGAGGCGGCCCGGAUGAUCAGGAGGGGAUGAUGAGCACCGAGGGGGGGAAGAGUGAGUGGGUGGAGCAGGCCAGGGGUCUGUCACAGUCUCACACCAUCCGCGAUGAUGAUUCGGACACGGGCUUAAGCUCUUUGCACAGCCAGGACUCGGACUGCCAGCCUGGCUGGGAGUCGCUGGUUUGAAGUGGACUGGCUGAAGAAACCUGCUGUCCUAGUUUGAUACCUCGCACUUGACUCCUGUCUGUACAAUAAACCUUCCGAGAGCCAUCGGGAUGUUUUCUUCACACUUUGACCAACUGCUUUUACAAAUCUUUCUGAACUUUUCUCCAGCUCAGGACGCACACAGGUGAAAGUGAACUCCACAGCCCCGUGUUCUUCCAUGCAAUAGGCAGUAUACAGUUCGUACUGAGGUCUCUGUGCCUAGAAA